CACAUGGCCGUGGUGCGUAGAGGACCUAUAACAGACCGGCAGUUCUCAGCUGUUUUGCGUCUCCUCAAUAUUAAGAAUGGGGAAAAGCUGGGAGUCGGAGUGUCCGGCGAAGCUAAGAGCUUAGCGCUGCUGGCGUUGCUGACACGAGCUGUUGGGAAAGAGAACGUGGUAGCAUUUACAGUUGACCACAAGUUGAAGCAUAAUAGUACUAACGAAGCAAUCAAACUGCAACUGUCCGUCGCAAAACUGGGGAUUGAGCACCAUAUCAUAACUCCGGACUGGAAGCAAAGUGGGUCAGGCUUCCGUGGAGACAAAAAGGAUCCGCCCCUGGCGGACCAUGGAACCUCUCCUUCGUACUGGACGAAGGGCACAGCCGCCAGGAUUAGACGAUAUGCCAUGCUAUCCAGAGCGUGCAAAGCAAAAGGGAUUCGAACUUUAUUAAUUGGUCAUCACCUUGAUGAUCAAACCCGAAUUGGCUUGAGUAGGCUGAAAAAGAAUAGUGGGAUUGAAGGACUAACAGGAAUGAAAAUGCUGCAACCGGAGAUUUCCGGAACGACUGCUUCUGCUGCCAAGCAUGUACGACUUGCGAGACCUCUAUUGAGUUUUGCGCAGGAGCAGCUUGUGGACAUCUGUCGAGAUCACGGCUUGGAACCGAAUGAUACCUCUAAGAAUCAUUUAAGAUUUCUCCCUACGGAAGAUUAUGGACCCAUGCUGGCAGCUGCGGAGGAAAUGAAUGAGAGACUAGGAGCCGAGAGCCCAGUUCGGGCACUAUCCCGAAUAUCCUAUGCUCGCUUCAUGGAGCAUAUGGAGAUCCACAGAAAUGCAUUCAAGGCAAAAGUUACGCCGCUGCUAGAAGAGCACACCCUGCGUGAUCCCCCGACCGGAACCUGUUUUCUGCAUGUGAGAGCAAACAGAAAUAAUUUACAAAAUCACUGGAUCAGUCAACCAUAUCUGGCUGAACGGGUUUUAGCGCAUGUGGUUAAGUGGGCCGGUAACGGAUCGAAUGUACCAGCUUCAACAGUGCCCAGUGCGUUAAGAGAACAGAUCUUGAACUAUUUCAAGUACAAUUCGCGAUUGGUGAAUGGUGGAGGCGUGAUCCUUUGUCCUCCACGUGCGAGCCAAACGGGCGCAUUCGUAUGGGUUGUGGCGCGAUCUCCAAUUCAGCGAAGCGAAUUUACAAAGAAUGCAGUCCAACUCCGCAUCGGCGAAAGAGCCAUAUGGGAUCAGCGGUUUCUGAUCGCGUUGAGGGCACCGCAAUUUGCAUCAGUCAAGGAAACAUUUUACGGUGUCGAUCCGCAGGACCUAAUUUUUGUUGUACGCCCCUUUACCGACCGCGAUUAUCACUCAAUUCUUGAUAGAAUGCGCACUGGCCCCCGGACGGAGUGGAAUGAAUCCGUGCAGCAAGCAUUGACUCAUUAUUGGCAAAAAAUGCCACCUCCUGCUCGUCAAACGAUUCCAUGCAUUGCGUUGAAGCAAGACAGUGGAGAUACAAGCUAUGUGAUAAGUGUGCCAAGCAUAUCGAUAAAUCUCGAACCACAAUUGCUUGACGUACAAUUCAGCUUUGCCAAUCAUUCGGCUUUCGAACGCGAAGGGGAAGAGAUUGGGUUCAGAUUGAUAGAAAGAGUAGACGACAAUUCAUGAUCACGUCGUUAGAGGUCCGUAGAAAUAUCUAGUAUUAAUGGCCUAUUAUAUAUGCGUACAACCUCACCAAUCGCGCGACACCUCUAUCAAGUGCGUACCGCACACCCUCAAGGGGCGAGGAGGAGAUCUAACUACCAGCGAAGUAGCUACGGGCUAUUAAACAAAUAUAUGUCAGCUCUUCCACUGGGUGAUAUGCACA